AUGGAACAUUUUAAGUUAAAAUUAUGGGUGUGUAUUUCAGAACAGUUUGAUGGGAAGGUUAUUGUUGAAAAGAUUAUAGAGUCUGCAACAGGAAAGAAGCCUGAGAUCCUUCAAAUGGAUUUGUUGCAAAGUGAACUUCGAAAGCAUAUUGAUGGGAGAAAGUACUUGCUCAUCAUGGAUGAUGUGUGGAAUGAAGAUCACGAGAAAUGGGUUAAUCUUAAAAGAUUGUUAAUGGGUGGUGCAAAAGGUAGUAGAAUAUUGAUCACAACACGUCAUCAGCGAGUUGCAGAGACUUUUGAUACAAUUUCAUCCUAUGCUUUAGGACAAUUGGACGACCAAAGCGCUUGGCUAUUGUUUAAAAACAUGGCUUUCAGAGGUGAGAAAUCAGAGAAGAACUCGAAGAUUUAA